CCCUGUGCCCGCAGCUGGCGGAGCCAGGCGCGAGCCCACCGCGAGUCACAGAGGCGGGUGCGCGCCCUGCCCCUGUGCCCGCGGCCUGGGCAGCUGUAGCCCGGGAGCGGGGGAAUCGCCCUAUUCGCCCUCCUUCCCCCUCGGCUGGCCGCUAGCGCGGGGCCGGCCCUCAAGCCUGGUGGCACCCAGGCGGGCUCUUCAGUGGACCACCGCGGGCGGAGGCCUGGCGAGGGCGGGAGCCGAUCUCAAUUCCCCCAAAAUUAUAAAAGCAGGAAAACCUAAGACAAAGAAAUCCGACAAGGCUAGUGAUUUCAGCGAUAUGGCGAAUUGGCCAACACCAAGUGAAUUAGUAAGCACUGGAUGUCAGAGUGCCAUCAGCCAAGGAAAUAAGAAGCCACAAAAUAGAAAAGAACGAGAAGACAAGGUUGAAAAGAGAAAUAACAGUGAAAGCAAAGAAAGCCGGGAAACAAAAUUAGAUGGUCCUGGUGAAAAUGUCAGUGAGGAUGAGGCUCAGUCAAGUAAUCAAAGAAAGAGAGCUAAUAAGCACAAGUGGGUACCACUCCACUUAGAUGAUGUAAAACCAGACAGUCAAGAAAGACCAGGAUCCCGGAACAGCUCAAGAUGUCAACCAGAAGCAAGUAAAUUGUCACAUAAUAGGAGAAAUGAUACACGAAGUUGGAGACGUGAAAGAGAAAAGAGAGAUGAUCAAGAUGAAGUUUCCAGUGUGAGAAGUGAGGGUGGUAAUGUCCGAGGUUCUUUUAGAGCCCGAGGAAGAGGCCGAGGUCGGGGAAGAGGACGAGGCAGAGGAAAUUCUCGAUUGAACUUUGAUUAUUCAUUUGGUUAUCAAGAACAUGGUGAAAGGUCUGACCAACCAUUUCAAACAGAACUUAAUACCAGUAUGAUGUAUUACUAUGAUGAUGGUACAGGCGUGCAGGUGUAUCCAGUGGAAGAAGCAUUGCUUAAAGAGUAUAUUAAGCGCCAAAUUGAAUAUUAUUUCAGUAUAGAAAAUUUGGAACGGGACUUCUUUCUUAGGAGAAAGAUGGAUGAGCAAGGUUUCUUGCCUAUUUCCCUGAUUGCUGGUUUCCACCGUGUUCAGGCUCUCACUACAAACCUUAAUCUCAUUUUAGAGGCACUGAAAGAUAGCACAGAAGUGGAAAUUGUGGAUGAGAAAAUGAGAAAAAAGGUAGAACCCGAAAAAUGGCCAAUUCCGGGCCCUCCUCCACGUAGUGUGCCACAAACAGACUUCUCUCAACUGAUUGAUUGCCCAGAGUUUGUACCAGGUCAAGCCUUUUGUUCACAUACAGAGUCUGCCCCAAAUUCUCCAAGAAUUGGAAGUCCACUGAACCCAAAGAAAAAUACUGAAACAAGUAAUCUUCAAGCAAUGUCUAGAGGUUUGUCUACCAGUUUGCCUGACUUGGACUCAGAACCUUGGAUAAAAGUAAAAAAGAGACAUUGUCCAUCCCCAGUGAAACUGAAGGAAUCACUGUCUCUACCUGAAGAGUCAUCAAAUCAGCUAUAUUCUCCAGAUGAACAAGAUCAAGAAGAACUUGAUUUUUUAUUUGAUGAAGAGAUGGAACAAACAGAAGGGCGAAAAAACACAUUUACUGAUUGGUCUGACAAUGAUUCAGAUUAUGAAAUUGAUGACCAGGAUUUAAACAAGAUUUUGAUUGUAACUCAGACACCACCUUACAUGAGAAAACAUCCUGGAGGAGAUCGAACAAGCAACCACAUGUCUUGGGCAAAAAUUACAUCUGAACUUGCUAGAGUUAUCAAUGAUGGCUUAUAUUAUUAUGAGCAGGAUCUAUGGAUGGAAGAAGAUGAAAACAAACACACAGCCAUAAAGCAAGAAGUUGAGAACUUUAAGAAGCUAAAUCUCAUUAGUAAAGAGCAGUUUGAAAACUUAACACCUGAACUUCCUUUUGAGCCAAACCAAGAAGUUCCUGUAGCACCUUCACAGUCCAGGCAAGGUUUUUAUUUUUCAGAUUUGACUGAUGAACUGGCUCAGAAACUGUUUGAUGUUUCAGAUAUGUCUUCAGCAACAACUGCCCAUUCAUUGCCUACAGCAGUUCCGCGAUCUCCUACAAUUUAUCCUGCCAGGGCAGCCAAAACACCUCGAACACCCAGAUUACAAGAUCCAAAUAAAACACCAAGAUUUUAUCCUGUUGUUAAAGAACCAAAAGCUGUUGAUGUAAAGAGUCCAAGAAAGAGAAAAACAAGACAUAGUACAAAUCCUCCUCUAGAGUGUCAUGUUGGCUGGGUAAUGGAUUCCAGAGAUCAUGGGCCAAGAACAUCCUCUGUCAGCAGUUCAAAUGCUUCGCCUUCAGAAGGUGCACCACUAGUAGGAAGUUAUGGAUGUACUCCUCAUUCAUUCCCAAAGUUCCAGCACCCUUCUCAUGAACUUUUGAAGGAAAACGGUUUUACCCAACAAGUAUACCACAAGUAUCGUCGAAGAUGCCUAAGUGAGAGAAAACGCUUGGGAAUUGGCCAGUCCCAAGAAAUGAAUACCCUCUUUCGUUUCUGGUCCUUUUUCCUCAGAGAUCAUUUCAAUAAAAAAAUGUAUGAGGAAUUUAGACAACUUGCUUGGGAAGAUGCAAAAGAAAAUUACAGGUAUGGAUUAGAGUGUCUGUUCAGGUUUUAUAGUUAUGGACUGGAAAAAAAAUUCAGACAAGAAAUUUUUAAGGAUUUCGAAGAAGAAACCAAAAAAGACUACGAAUCUGGUCAGCUGUAUGGAUUAGAAAAGUUUUGGGCUUAUCUAAAAUAUUCUCAAUCUAAGAUGCAGUCUGUUGACCCAAAACUUCAAGAAUACCUCUGUAGCUUUAAGAAGUUGGAAGACUUCCGUGUUGAUCCCCCUAUUGGUGAGGAAUUUGGAAGAAAAAGACAUUCAUCUACUUCUGGUGAGGAGAGUAAUCGUCACAGACUUCCAUCUUAUUCCUCUGCAAAGCCACCGAAUGCUGCUAAGCAUACACCUGCCAAUCAGCUUCAGGUCCCAACAAACUCUCCCAGAAGGAAUACUUCCCAGCAGAACAGUGCUGCCUCAGUCUCAACAAAUGGUGAACUGCCUGAGAAAUAGACUCUUAACAAAAGUCGUUUGCCCUUGAAAUCAACAUUUACAUCAGUAUUUAUUUGGGAAAAUCUUCUGAUGUUUAAUUGUGAUAAUCAGAAAAAGAAAAAGGAAGAAAAGUGGUAGCAUUUUUUCUAGCAAGAUAAAUUCUGGAAACGUUUUUCCUGAUUUCACGAACAAGGAUAGUUUUGGUGACCUUUUAUAGAGAUCCUCUAGUAAUGUAUUUUGGUUUCAGUAUUUCUUUUUCAAAGCCAUUUGUUUACAAGAACAGCAUUCCUUAAAUAUAUACAAAAACAGCAGGAAUGCCUAACAUUUUGGCUCAUACUUCUUAAAGAAGAUAUAGUAUGUUGUAUUCAUCUCUUCUAUAGAGCUUUCUUGAAGAAUCCAAUUACCCCCACUAUCAAUUCAUAUUUGAACUUAUCAAAAACAAAGGAAGAUUACGUAUAUAUUUUUUAAAUUCAAAAAAAGAAUAUGAAAUGAUACAGUUACUUUUCUUUUUAGAUGUAUAGUUUAAAGGAAACUUUUUUUAUAUACAAAAGUGGAAAUAUAUUGUGGUUAGAUUGAAGUAUGUGCACUUUGGAUGUUGUGUUUUGCUUUUUCUCCCCCCCAGUCACAACUCAUGAUUUCCAUAGUUAUUAUUGUGUUGGUGCAGUGUUCUGAAUUGGCUUCAGCUGGUUACGUAUCAGGAGCGAUUUACCUUUUGUUACUAUAUAAACCUGUGCGAGUAAUUGAAAACUGGGUUGGGAUUGGUUGGAAAUUUGUUCUAAAUUAACUAAAUCUUACAUUGUUUUGAAUACAUCUGCUGUUGUACAUUCUGCAGAUGUGUAUGUCACAAGCAGUCAGAUUAUCUUCAAUUUAAAAGGAGUACCUAGUUUUUCCUUUUCGUGUCUUUUAGUUUUAUUUUAUGCCUAUAAGUGUUUUCAAGAAACAAACUAGUUUUUAUUGCUGUUGGAACUGAUGUAAAUGAUAGUUUCAGUUUUUGUGGGAAUUAAAAUAAAGCACUUAUUCUAAAUUAUUUGAAUUGAUUUUUUAAUUAUUUUUGUUUUAGAAUAUAGUUGAAAAGCUGUAAUUUUCAAAUUCUGCUAGUAGAAGACCAUUGCAUUUUGUGAAUGAAGUUUCAGUUUUAAACUUGUAUCUAUUUUUAUUUAGCUCAUAUAUUUUCUUGUAUUGGCAGAUGCAGCUAGUUUAAUACACUUAAUUUAUUUUCUUUUUGAUGUAUUGUUCUUAUAGAAUGACAGCAUUGAAAUACAUAUCUGGAUAAACGGACAAUUCAUUAAAUAAGAGAUUUUCAUUAGGUUAUUUCCCAUGAAUAAAUGAUAAUCUGUAGUUUUGUAAUAUUUAGUAUUUGAGGUCAUUUUGAUGUUUUAAUUUUAAGAAAUUGUCAGAUUCAAAAACUCAAAAUCUACUUAGAUCUUGGAAAGAGAAUGCAAAACAGCUAAUAGACUUAGAAUAAUAAAUUUUUUAAUGUUUUAUUAACUGUGUAUAUAGUUCUGGCUUUCCAGUGAGAAAUUUCCAAACCUCGUUUAUUCUUUUUCUCAGUAUCCUUUUUUUGUUGAACACAUACAUCUGAAACCUGUAUUUAACCUAAGGUUACUUCUACUCACCUAAAUAUGCAGAUGUGAAUUUGAUUGGGAAAUUGUAUGAAAAUACAGUAAUCAAGAGUUUUAUAAUAUGUAAUAAAUUAAUAAUUUUAUAUUAUUUUGAUUAUAAAAGCAACACAUGCACAUUGGGAAAUUUAGAAAAGCACAAAGAAGAAAAUAAAAUACCCUUUUAAGAGGAAAAAACCAAAAUUGGUAUCAUGAUAUACAUAUAACAUUAUAACCUGCUGUUUUCACAUGGAGGUGAGCAUUUUCUGAUGUCAUUAAUAUUUCUACACCAUGACUUUUACAAGUUGCAUAGUAUUACAGCAUGUGGAUGUACCAUAGUUUAUUUAGCUAAAUCCCCUGUGGUUGACUUUAGCAUGUGGCCGGGUUUGGGAUGUUACAAACAACAAUUUAAUUAAUAAUACCCCUACAGAUAAAUCUUGAUAUAUAAACUUGGAGUUACUGCCUAGCAUAAAUUCCUAGAAGUUGAAAUUCUAUGUAAAAAUGUAUUCCCAUUUAAAGCACUCUAGAAUGGUUGAGCAGUUUGUACUUUCACCAACAGCAUCUGCUUUUCUGUGUCCUCAGCAACACUGGUUACUAAAAUUAUUUUUCUUUGAUAGAUUGAGAAAAAUAUUUUUAAAUUUUAUUUUAAUCAGGUUACUAAUGAGUGAUAAUUUUUAUUGUUUAUUAACUACAUUAUUUGUAGAUGGUUUGAUCAUAUCCUUAAUGUUUUCCUUUUGGAGUGAUUCUUUUUCUAAUUGAUUUAUAGACCUCUUUUACUUAUCCAGAUUAUUAACCCUUUGCUUUCUACUUUUGUUUAUGUAUGUUUGACAUGGUAUGUACAUUUCUUUGAUAAAAUUUUAAAAAUUAUACUCCUUAAAUUCCAAAUGUGAAUCUCAAGCAAAUAAAAGCAUUGUUAUUCAUUGAAAAGAAAAACAUUAUUAACUGUAAGUCUAAAUAGCUCUACUCAAAAUUUAUGUAAGUUCCUAGAGACUUUAGAUGCUUCCUUUCUGUGAUUUUGCAUCUUUCAAUUUUAUUAAAUAAAAAAAGGCAACAUUAAAAUGUUUAAAUCCA